AUGGGAACUCCAAUUGCCCAAGUACUUUAUUGCCUUUCUCAAGAACAACAAACGCCAUCGGAUGUGCGGCAUGAGCUCGAAGCAAUCACAGCGCUUUUGGAAACCCUCACAGAAUCGACAUGUGCACAACUAUUUUCGAGCGGAGUAGCAGCAAAGCUUACCGAAGCGCUCACGAAAAGGAGAUUAUGUAGCUUGAAAUGGACGGCAUCUUGCCCAAAUCGUAAAUCAGUUUCGCAAGUGCUGCGAUUAGCUCGGACUCUGUUCCGCGACCGUGGAUGCAUUAAUGUUUUUCACGCGGUCAAAGAACAUCAUAAUUAUGUACAGUUUGCUGGUUACCUCUCUAGAAAUUUCCUCAACUAUGAAACAGAGUAUGCUCAGGCUGCUGGAUUACUUCUCAAUGUCACACAAAAGCUAAUUCAUGAUGCGGAGACCGCAUCGAUGUUCGUUCGGGUACAUUUGGCCAAAUGCAUGCUGCGUUUUCUCAGUUGUCGAGAUAUGUCCAUCCAGCAAGCAGCGCUAGAGAUCCUUGGAAGACUGGCAGAUUGGUCGGCUGUUUGUCGGGUCGAACUCUGUGCUACAACUGCUAUCGACAUAUGUCUACAACUAAUUCCACAGGGAGAUUUGCUAACACAAAAACUAUGCGUAAGCCUGCUCCGAAUUCUGUCUUGUGAGGAACAAGCUCGAGAACAAAUUCGGAUUUAUGAUGGAGUGCCUAUUCUUGUAGGGCUGUUGUCCAUAAAAAAUUCACGCCUACAGUGGCAUGUCGCGUGGUCAUUAGCGCAGCUCGCCGAGGACGCGGAAACAUCAGUCGAGAUCGUCCAGCUUGGUGGAAUCUCACUCGUGUUAGCCGAAUUUGCAACAUUAAAACCACCUGCAAAAGCACUGAAUGACUGGGUAGCAAUGCUUACUGGACUGUGUGCCCUAUUGGCUCAGCUCUGCCAAUGUGAUUCAAACCAGCGCCAACUUGUUUCGAACAAUGGAGUUUACUUGCUCGGAAAAGCGCUACUCUUGGGUACCGAAGAUGAACGACUGCAAGAAAAUCAAAGUUGGAAGAGUACGCAGUGCUCAAUCUUUCGAGUCCUGCGAAUGUUGUUCUCGCUGGAGAGAAAUCGAGCCAUGUUUCGGAAAGUUUUUCCAACAGCAUUUUUCGAGCAGUUCAUCGACAUUGGCCAUUAUGUGCAAGACCUCUCGUCUUAUCGUCCAUUGGUCACCGAGUACAACAAAAUCAUUAGCUCAUCGUCGUUGGCUGAGCUGGACACCUGUUGGGAGUCUGUGAAUCAAAAGCGCGAUCCAAUCGGUAAAGUGGCGGACUACGAACUGCUUGAACAGCUCGGUGCUGGUGCUUUCGGCUGUGUCUACACAGCGAGAAAGGCCGGUACAACGGCUAGUAAUGGUGUAGCACAAUAUUAUGCUUUGAAAGAGAUCUUUAUGGUGCAGCUCGCUAGCGAGGACAAUGACAAAAGCUUUGGAGAUGUCAUUAGCGAAGUGAAAAUAAUAAAACAACAACUGAGACAUCCCAAUAUUGUUCGCUACCGGAGAAUUUUUGUAGAGAAUCAUCGACUUUACAUCCUCAUGGACCUUAUUGAAGGCACUUCACUAAAAGAACACAUCAACUCAGUGAGAGAAAAACGACAGACAUUUCCAGAAGAUCGUAUUUGGAACAUGGUCAUCCAGACUACCCUCGCCCUGCGAUAUCUACAUAAGGACAAACAAAUAGUCCACCGGGAUCUGAAGCCUAACAACAUCAUGAUUGCAGAAAACGACCGUGUCGUUAUAACGGAUUUCGGCUUGGCCAAGAAGAGAGGUAGCGACUAUCUGAAAUCUGCAGCAGGCACGAUAAUCUACAGCUGUCCCGAGAUCGUUCAAAAUAUGGUUUAUGGUGAGAAGGCAGAUGUGUGGUCGUUUGGUUGCUGCGUCUAUGAAAUGGCUGCUCUCCAUCCGCCUUUCUACUCACAAAAUAUGCUAGCGCUCGCUACUCAGAUUGUAGAAGGAAGAUAUGAGCCAUUGGGCAAUGAUCGAAGCAGUGACCUCUCGCUGCUGAUCUCUUCGUGUUUGACUGUAUCGCCGUCCGCUAGACCGGAUAUACUUGAAGUGGCUCGGAUCGCUGCACCACACAUGCUGAUGUGUCUGGAUGACAUUUUCAGAAUUCACGUGUCUAAAGGGAAGCCGAAAGAAGCACCAUCAGCUUAUAAAUACAAGAAAGACAACACCUCUCUUGAGUCCUCCUCAAGCUCCUCAGUUGGUUGCUUCACUCGACGACGGCCAACGGCAGCGGAAGUGAAUGCGAGACUAUCGAAGGAUACCCUUCCAGUGAUUGACAACAGCAUUGACAAGCCGAGGAAAAUCAAAUCGUUGUCAGCUGGACAAACGGCCAGAAACCUACCAACAAGCACUACUUUGCCAAAAAUAGGCGGAUCUGGAGCGGGGCGCCGAGUGGCCAUAGCCGAUACAGAGCAUAGGAGAGCCAGUUCAUCUGGCUCAGUGGAUCGUCGUCGCGGUAAACCUCAAGAGGGACUAAGCGUCCGUUCAGCGUCUCUACGACCGAUUUCCGAUCCACUGCUUGAUGUUCUUGCUCAAAUUCACAAAAUUAUGUUGAUCUGCGAUGCUGCUCCUUCCGAGUCGACCAAUCAUAAGCGACGGGUAGUGGAGCAAUUCCGACGUCGACUAUUCAACAAAUCAAGCAAUGCAGAUUUGAUAAAGAUGCAUUUACGGAAGUUAGCAACCGAAGCACAUGAAGACAUCGAGCUUGACUUGGGCUACUCGGAUUUUCGACCCGUUUUAGCUGAUAUCCAAACUUCAGGCUACCACAACGAUCAAAAGGUCACCAGAAUCACAUAUGAACAGCUGGCUGCGUGUAUCCAAAUCCUCACUCAAGAGAUUCGAUAAAUAUUAUUUUGACGUUUCAUUUCAGGAGUUCUAUUUUCGGUGUCAAUUGUUAUUUUCUUUGUUUGUUCAAUAUUUGUA